AUGAGUUGGUCAGGCUUCAAGAAGAAUGUCGGCCGCGCGACGACGCAGGUCAUGAUGAAGACCGGCCACGUUGAGAAGACAUCAGACCGCGAAUACGAAGUCGAAGAACGCCGAUACCGCACACUCGAAGCCGCAUCACUCCGCCUACAGAAAGAAGCCAAGGGCUACCUCGAUUCGCUACGAGCAAUGACGGCGUCGCAGAUGCGGAUAGCAGAAACGAUCGACGCUUUCUACGGCGACAGCGGCGCAAAAGACGGCGUGAGCAGGAGUUACAAGCAAGCUGUGGAGGACUUGGACGCGGAAACUGUGAAAGCGCUUGAUGGGCCAUACAGGUGUGUGCCAGAUUCUUUGCUCAAAUACGCAGCAGACGACGAGGUCGUCCGGGAUAUUGAAGGGGAGUGGAAUUUCAAGGCUGGGAACCGUAGGGUGUACACCCGCGGAGGAGGUGAUGUGACAGACGGAUCCCCAGAACAUGGGCUUAUGGAAUAUCUGUACAGGACUACGGUGCUGGAUCCCAUCAAUCGCUUCUGCGCGUACUUUCCCGACAUCAACGAGUGCAUCAAGAAGCGACAGCACAAAAUGCUCGACUACGACUCAGUGCGCUCGAGAGUCAAGAAGCUGACUGAGAAGCCCGACAAGGAUCCCGGCAAGCUGCCGCGGACAGAGAAGGAAGCCGAAAUGGUUAGUCACGAAACUCUUCUUGCGUAUCCACAACACACCACCAAUGCACACCACACCACCGGCAAGGACGGAUGCGACUACGAGCUCGACCUGAGCAUUCCAAGUCCACCGAAGGCCCUUCAGAGACCGGAGAUCCAGAAGUUGAGGGGCAGCGACUGUAGCGCCGCGGCGGACGUCAGAUCAGGCCCACGCAAGCUGAGCCGUGUCACAACCUGGUCCAGCGGAAGGCAGAGCGGCGGCCCGGAGUCCAUGCAAAGGUGUCCGUCGAUGGCACUACGGAAGCGUCCUGCCGCCAGCUCUGUCAGCUCAAGCUUCGACUCCACCAUUCAGGAAGGCACCCCAACUGCGGACCGCGGAGAACCAGCGCAGCCUCAUACGGCCCCAGCAUUUCGCACCGCCAGUACUCCGCUCGUUAGCCAACCCCAAACCUUCAUCCCCUUUCCUCAGGGAGCCCUUGCGAAAGCUCGGCGCGAUCAAACCAUUACAAACCGGCCUUCUACCAUGCCGGCGCCACCAUCCCGUCCAUCGCUCUCCACACCGUUCUUCAACCCCUCGGAGCUGGAAGAGAUCAUGCAGCCCUUCAGACUCGAAUUCAUCAAGAAGGAGGCUGACGAGCUCGAACAGGCGAAAGCGCAAUACGAGCAGCUGAACGAGCAGUUGACGUCUGAACUGCCGCAAUUGAUUGACUUGCGGGUACCCUACCUCGACCCCACGUUCGAAGCGCUGGUGAAGAUCCAGCUGCGGUUCUGCGCGGAGGCGUAUAGUCGGAUGGCGCAGGUGCAGCAGUACCUCGACGCUUCGACAAGAGACCAGUACGCGUCUGGGGAUCUGGACGCGAGGGUGGAGGAUGUGCUAGGGCAGAUACGGGAGUUGAGCAUUGCGGGAACGGUGUAG